AUGUGUAAAAUUUCACUUGUGGAUAAGCCUUUUGGAAGCAAAAAUGAAAGAAUUUAUUGUUCUAAUUGUUAUGAUCAAGCAUUCGCUACUCGUUGUGAUGGUUGUGGAGAAAUAUUUAAAGCUGGCAUGAAGAAAAUGGAAUAUAGAGGGAAACAAUGGCAUGAUAAAUGUUUUGUAUGUGCUCUAUGUAAAGCUCCAAUAGGAACCCGGAGUUUUAUUCCAAAGAAUGAAGAAGUUUUUUGUGCAGCUUGUUAUGAAGAAAAAUUUGCUACGAGAUGUUGUAAAUGUAAAAAGGUUAUUAGCACUGGUGGUGUUACCUACAAAAAUGAGCCUUGGCAUAGGGAAUGUUUUUGUUGCACAAAUUGCAAUACUUCACUAGCUGGGCAACGAUUCACCUCGAAAGAUGAAAAGCCUUAUUGUGCAGAUUGUUAUGGAGAAUUAUUUGCAAAGAGAUGUUCUGCUUGUGUUAAACCAAUUACUGGUAUUGGAGGUGCUAAAUUUAUUUCAUUUGAAGAUAGGCAUUGGCAUAAUGAUUGUUUUGUGUGUAAUCAAUGCAGUAUUAGUUUGGUUGGGAAAGGUUUUAUAACAGAUGGGGCAGACAUUUUAUGUGCAGAUUGUGCCAAAGCAAGGCUUAUGGCAGCAAAUAGCUAA